GUAGGAGUCAGGUACAAUACGACAAGAUGGAUGUGGCGGCAUGUCUCGUAGUUCUGCCGAUAUAGUUUAGUCAUCAUUAACCGGCUCUAAAGUUAACAUCAGUCUGUCCUGUGCCUGACGCCUAUCUGAAUUAUUUAAAAUUUUAAUCUUCAUUUGUAAGUACGUGGUGUUUUUAUGGCAUUAUUUGAAAUGUAUUCAUUCCUGAAUUCGGCAAAAGUUAGUAUCGUAGUGUCGUGUAAUAUUUAUCCAGCAUUAUACAGGAAUCGACACAUAUGUGACUGAAGGUUGCAGUAGUGCUGAUUGUUAUUACGAUAAUAUUACUUACGAGUAUAGUUAUAGAAAUUUUAAUAUUUUUUCCAUUUUCUGUGAAUUUUAUAGUUUUGUAAAAAGUAAAACAUUAUUGUUUCAAAGUGACAUUAUUUUCUUAAACAUUUUUAUUUUUUUGUGGUGUAUAAUCAAUCUCAAGUACUCAGUGAAUCAACUUUUUUUGGAUUAUAUCAAAAAAAAAAAAAAAUUUAGCAAAAUACUUUCAUCAAUGUGGGGAAACGAAGGCUUCAGUACGAUGGAAGAACCGUUAGGCACUGUAGUGUCGGACGAUGUUUGGAAAAAGUUCGAUUUGGAUGCACCUUUAUUUACAGACAGCCAUCAUUAUCGCGAACGUUCAUUUGAGGAUUCUACUGCCGAAUCAGGUGACAAUAAAAAUUGUUUAGAUUACCCAGAAAUCCGUCAUCAUGACUGCAUGUGGGCAGGAUUGUGUAUAAGUAAAGAACAUAAUAAAAUACUAUCCACUAAAAAAGAUAAAAGUUUAGCGCACAAAAUAGUGACGGCUAGUCAAAAUUUAUUGAUAUCCAAGACGUCAUCUGCUUCAACAUUUCAUCAGACACAAGAGCAAUUUUCUACAAAAAAUCAACAUCCACAAAGAAUUGAUAAUUUAGAAAGUGAUGGUGAUUCAACACGUCCGGAAACGCCCCAAAGUUCUUCCGAGUCUGACACAGACAGUGAACAUGAUGUACCAAUAUUUAAGCAUGAUCAGUUUAGCAUUAAUGAAAAAUUGAUUGAAUGUAUGUCAGCACCUGUGAGCGAGGUCACUGGACAGUGUGUCAGAAGUUCAUCGAGUAUAAAGGUUGAGGUUAAUGAAACAGAUUACAGUGAUAAUUCCAUUAAUACUAGAACUAAACUCAGUACAUCGAAACAAACAGAGAUUAGUAAUACCCUUAAUGAUCACUGUUAUUACAUAAAUCAUCAAAAUAGUAAAAAAUUAGAUUAUCUAGGUGUCCAAACACCAUCUGAUUCUGAAGAAGAAAUUGAUGUUGUUUCGUUCGAGAAGCCAGCAGUUUUACCUACUCUUCCGAGUACUGUAGAUCACAAAGUCUUUGAAUCAACAGUGAAUACUGUUCUGAAUGACAAACCUGUCCCAAGACCACGAGGUAGACCACCAAAUGUGAAUCGUAAACGUCCGGCACAAAGUCAGGCACAAGAGCAAAGACCCGCAAAACGUAUAGCAGUGCAAAGAUCGUGUCAAAAGAAAGCUCUAAAAGUACCCAAAAAUAGCCCUCUACCAAUUUCAAUAUCUACAAACAUACUGAAGUAUACGCCACCAUCGAUAGCUACCUCUGAUGACGAUGAACCUGGUACUGAUAAACGAAAUCUUCAUAACAACAUGGAACGGCAAAGAAGAAUAGAACUGAGAAAUGCAUUUGAUGACUUAAGAUGUUUAGUACCAGAGCUUAAAAUUAAAGAAAAAGCACCAAAAGUUGCAAUUUUACGUCAAGGAGGGAAAUUUUGUAUUAAAAUAAGAGAACUCGAAGAAGAAUUGAUUAGAGAAAAAAUGGAGUUAAAAAAACGUCAAGACAAAUUACGGACAAGAUUAAGUUAUUUAAGACGAUGUUUAGCAAAGAAGCGCUAAAAAUUUAGUACUGUAAAAUAUUUUCAAUGGCUGAUAAAUACCUAUAACGAUAAAUAUUUAAAUUAAUUACUUGGUAUUUAUAGUACACGGAUAGAAAUGUUAAGCAAAUAUUCCUAUGCAGCAUAGUAAUGGUUACAUUACUAUAGUUUGCAUAAGCAGUCACAUAAAAGCGGCGUGACAAAAACUAUUGAGUAAUAUAACCAUUACUAUGUUGCAUAGGAAUAUUUACUUGACAUUUCUCUCCACGUAGUUGACAUCUAUUUAAAAUUUUGAUAUAAAAAUAGGGUUGAAAGAAUUUAAAAACUUUCAUAUCCUAUUUUUCUAAAUUUAUUUUAGUUCUUUGGUACUUUACUGGUUUUCGGUAACUUUUUAAAUUUUAUCAUCAAUUUUUUAAAUAUAAAAGAACCGAUAACAAAUACGCUUUUGCAAUAUCAUUUUUUUUUAAAUUUAUAAAAUAGUAAUAACGAUUCUGAUAAUGUGUGUUGGAAUUGUUAUUCUAUAUUUUUAAACUCAGGGAUCCAAAGACUCUAUUAAUGAAAGCGAGCUCGGAUCAACGAUUAAUUGGCUAUCAUUGUUAAUAUAAGUAACUUUUGGUAUACGAGCAUUUAUUGUGGUUGUACAGUGUAAAAAUAUUCUAUUUAGAUGAGUGUUUUAAAUUGAUAGGUAGUUUUUUUGUCGUAACUAUCAAUUUUUCGGGUAUGUUAAAACUUUAUAAUAAUAAAUAGCUCAAAAUUGGGGGUUUAUAUGCCACAUAUAAUAAAGAUCAUAAAAAUAAUUUACAACUUAGUAAGAUAAAUCUCAAUUUAUAUCCUCCAAUUGGUAAAAAAUGUUAUUUAGAUUUUUACAAACUUUUUAUAAUCCAAAAAUUGUAAGAAUAUAAUUAUUUUUGACUGAUUUAAAGUAUAAAAUGUUUACUUUUUUUUAUUAAUAAUUAAAAAGGGACACUUUGUAAAACCCCAAUAUAUUGAAACGAUUAGUUAUAUUUAUAGUUGAAAAUAAAAUGUGGUUGAGCCACAUUUUAUAAUAGUUAGAUAUUUCAUACAUUUUUGUUUUCUUUUUCUGUUUAUUCAUUAAACGACAGUCGCUGUGCGAUGUUGUGGCAGCGAAUGGUAGUUAAGAUAUUGACAGGCUAGCCAAUAAUAUAUAUUUUAUAUGAAACAAAAUACUACGAUUUGAAUAGUAGAAUUUAUUUUUUUCUAUCAAUGGAAAUGAAAAGAAAAAGAAAUUGGUCAAAGAGUUUUUAAAAAGUAAACUCAAUAAUGAGUUAAUUUUUGUCUUGUUAAUCUCGGUCUCUCAUUAUUAAUUUUUUUUAUUUUCUAUAUACUAUAUAUAUAAUCCCAUAUAUCAUGGCCAUAUAUUUUAGUUUUUCUUCUUUUAUAUUAAAGCUUUAUUUGUUUUUAAAAUAUUUCACUGUUUUUAAAAUUCAUAUAAAACUUAGUCUUAAGAUAAUUAUAUAAUUUAAUUAAUCUAAGUACAGUUUUCAGGUUAAUUUAGUUUUAAACAUUCACAAAUUGUCUUUCUCUAAUUAUUUUUGAUAAUCGAACUGGAAAGUGUGAAAUAUUAGAAAAGAGUUUUCAGUUCAGUGUAAUUUAUAAUGUUUAAUUGCCUGUAGCAGAAUAAGUCAUUAAUCAUUAAUUUAUCACAAUUUCCAUCCAUUUUUCAUAUAUGACUCACCGCAUUGUCUUAUUAGUAUAAAGUUUAAUGAAUAUGUGAGAAAAGUUUCUGAUGAGCCCUGAUAAGACCUCAUAUUAAUCGUCCAUAUCUGGCCUAAUAUAAAAAUUGUACGAAUCUGGUCUUAAAUGGACUAUAUACGAGCAUAGAUUAUAUGGGCACAUUGAAAAAUUUUUUCACGGGAACAGAUUUAUACAUUACGAUCUUUACUGAAUAACCAUCGGUAGAAUUGACUUAGUAAUUUUAUAAUCAUUGCUAUGUUAGAACAUUUUAUUCCUCAUUUUUUUAGUUUUAUAAUUUUAUAUUUUUAUUUUAUAUUAUUAUUAUUAUUAUUAUUAUUAUUAUUAUUAUUAUUAUUAUUAUUAUCGUUAUUUUUAAUAAUAUUAUUGUCUUUAUUGAUGUUAUUAUUAUGGCGUUUAUUCUGCGAUGCAAAGUUCAUUUAUUACAAUAUACUAUUAAUGGACUAAUAUUUAUAAACACUAAAUUUUGUUUUGAGAUUUUUCUAAAAUUAUUAUUUUAAAUUGAUUUCUUUUACUUAAUUUUGACAUAUUUUUAUACACAUACACCUAUAUAUAUUCCAAUUUUG